AUGGAGGCGAGCUCUUCCUCGCCCGCGGGCCCCGCGCCAGGGCCGCCGCCCUCCAUACCCCCCUCCGGCGACCAGGCCGUCUGGGCCGACGUCUCGCCGCUCAUCGCCGCCGCCUGCGCUGAUCUCCAAGAUGGGGAACUUGUUCAUGGGGAGAACUUCAGUUUGUUUGCCGCAAUGUCUGCAUUGGAAAUAAUGGACCCUAAAAUGGAUUCCGGAAUCGAGAGAAGUGGAUAUUAUUCCAUCGAUGAAGCCAUAGAAGAUGGCAUUGCCCCAGUUCCACUUAGUUUGGACAGAACACAUGACAUUCAACUAACUCUUGAUGUCAUCGACCAUCUUUUCUCAUGUGAGGCAACCUGGCACAAGGGUCACACUCUAGCACAAACCGUCUUCACAUGUAUCUACCUUAUGAAAAUGGAGAGAAUUUCAUCGCAUGCUGUCCUAAAUAGCUUCUGCAGGAUUUUGCGUGCUACUUGUAAUUCUGUCAUUUCUGUCGUUUCGACCGCCCGAACUCAUGAGGAAGAAGACCUCUUUACGAUGUCUUUUGGACUGCCUUUGAAUGGUGAAGGAGAUGAUAAGUGCUUGUCAGUUCUGAACUCGGUCGAAGAAACAAUAUCUCGUCAAUUGCGUGCAUGUAAAUCCCAAGCAUUAUCCAAGAAAAAAACACUAGAAGAGUUUGAAUCACUGCAGGAUAAUCCUGAGCUGGAAGAGGGUUACUGCAGAGCCUUGUUGUGCAGAUUACGUUUUCGUAAGCAUUUUCACCAUGCGGUUACGUGCAUGAGGAAACCUCAAGGAAGAGGAUUGGAUUUGGCUCGCAAGCAUGUUACAUCAUGCUUGGCUGAGCUUAGUUUAAUGCUGAAGUCCCAAGAGUUCCUUAAGUCUCGGUCUGACAUUGCAUCGCAAAAAGGUGAUGAAAGCUGCACCACUGCAUCAGGUUGCUGCCCUAUUGGCUUUGAUGUCAGUCUGAAUAGCAGACUUCUGAGUCCAGCACCACCGCGUGCUGUUCAAAUACUUGCCUGGAGUGAUGCAAUUAGGUACUUUGAGAAGCUUCUGCAUGAUCUAGAUAUCAUUUGUGCUCUGUCUCUUGAUCCCGUGCUUGAGAAUGUUCUUCACUUCAUUGCGCAGUUCCAAAAAUCUGUACCUGAUUUGGUUCCUAGAGCAUUUCUUCAGACUUUAUUGGUUCAAGAUGGCAAGCUUUAUGGGCGAGACUUGUUUUGCGAUGUAAUUUCAAGGGCUUUGUCAUUACCGGAUAUUAUAGGAGAUAAGGAAUUCCAGUCUAAUGAGUUUGUAGUGCAGCUAGGUCAGUUGGUUAUCAACUUGCUCAAAAUUCUCUGUACAAACACUGCAUGGCAACGGCGCAAGCUUGGGAAGAGCUUGCAGGAUUGGAGUACCAUUUCCAUACAGUUGGAGCUUGCAUUGAAAAGAGAGUUUGGUGAAACUAGAAAUGUCUUGGCCGAUGAGAACAUGUGCAUGAGAGUAUCAAAGCAACUACUUGUUUGGUCUCAAGAACAUACAUACUGGAUUGCUUCUCGGUUUCUCAUAUUGGGGUUUGAGCUUGACCUCUAUUCUCCGAGUGAAUACUGUAUGGUGUACUGGUAUAUGCAUGUGGUGUUUAUAAAGCUGAUAGAGAAGAUGCAGUUACGAAUCCUUGCUAGCAACGAAAACUCGCGAAGAAAAGGGAAAAAGAAGAAGGAUCACUCAAAGGACUCUGUACGAGACGCACCAUUUCCUCCUUCAUGUUUAUUGCUUCAGUGCUAUGUUCUAUUAUCAGAAGGACUUUCAAUGUUGCUGGCUGCCCUGAGAAAGGAAAGCAAGUCAUUCCAGUUACCAAGUGUCUUCAAUACUGAACAAGAGAGAUUCAUGCAGCAUUUCGAUCUUCUCCAGAAAGCACAAAUCCCCGAGUGCAUUACCUACUACAGUUUUCAGGAAGCGGCCGCCCAGGCACACAUGGCAGACGUAAUGAAGUACAACUUUUUCAAGGAAAUCCAGAAGAUCAUCCCCUCCUUGAAAGGUAGUUUUGCGAGCGAACCAGAAAAGCUUGCAGAGCUCCGCCAGAUUGAACAGGUUGCCGAGCACAAUAGGAUAGCCCUAAACAUCAUCAACCACGUCGGUGCUAGCGACCCGAAACUGAGGGUUUCGUUUGAGUUUACGCACCACCCCCACUUUGCGGUCGCAGUUGUAAAGAGAUCAUAG